GAAAGCAGCUCGCCGCCACGGCAUUUUACGUUACCGGUGGUGACAGGCCCGGGGAACAUCCAAUUUCCUCCCUUCAGCUAGGCGAAAGCCGAUGUGAUGUUCGGUGCCGGAGACGAGGAUGACACCGACUUCCUCUCGCCAAGCGGCGGAGCCAAGCUGGCUUCUCUUUUUGGACUGGAUCAAGCAACUAUGGGCCAUGGAAAUGAAUUCUUCCAGUACACAGCCCCAAAGCAGCCUAAGAAAGGCCAGGGAAUAGCAGCAACAGGAAAUCAGACAGCACCAAAACCAGCACCAGCUACCACAGGCACAUCCUCCGUGUUGUUUGCCACUGCAGUGCAUGCAUACCGCUACAUAAACGGUCAAUAUGCAAAGCAGGGCAAAUUUGGAGCAGCUGUCCUGGGGAACCACACAACCAGAGAGUAUAGGAUUCUUCUUUACAUCAGUCAGCAGCAGCCAGUGACUGUUGCUACAAUUCAUCUGAACUUUGAGCUAAUGGUUCGGCCCAAUAACUACAGUACCUUUUAUGAUGACCAGAGACAAAACUGGUCUAUCAUGUUUGAGUCAGAGAAGGCCGCUGUGGCAUUCAAUAAACAGGUGUGUGUGGCUAAGUGCAAUAGCAUUUCUUCCUUGGAUGCAGUGCUGUGUCAGGACCUGGUUGCAGCAGAGGGUCCUGCUGUAGAAACUGGAGAUUCUUUAGAAGUAGCCUAUACGGGCUGGCUCCUUCAGAAUCAUAUGCUGGGCCAGGUUUUUGAUUCUACUGCUAACAAAGACAAGCCACUUCGCCUGAAAUUAGGAUCAGGAAAAGUUGCCAAGGGCUUAGAGGAUGGGCUUCUGGGCAUGAAGAAAGGAGGAAAGCGCUUAAUUGUCACUCCUUCAGCCUGUGCUGCUGGCUCUGAAGGAGUAAUAGGCUGGACUCAGCCAACAGACUCCAUCCUGGUGUUUGAGGUAGAAGUUAGGCGGGUGAAGUUUGCCAGAGAUUCUGGCUCUGAUGGCCACAGUGUGAGCUCCCGGGAUUCUGCAGCUCCCUCCCCCAUCCCUGCUGCUGACAACCUCUCAGCUGAUCCUGUUGUGACACCACCAUUGCCUCUCAAACCCGGGGAGCCGGCUCUUCGUUCCAAAUCUAACUCUCUCAGUGAGCAGAUUACUGUAAAUACAAGUCCUGAUACAGUCAAGGCCAAGCUGAUCUCAAGGAUGGCUAAGAUGGGCCAGCCCAUGCUGCCCAUCCUUCCACCACAGCUGGAUUCCAAUGACUCAGAAACCGAAGAUGCAACUGUUCUGCGAGGAGCUGGACAGUCCCUUGUGACACCGUCUGUCCAGCCUUCUCUUCAGCCAGCUCAUCCGGUAUUACCACAGAUGGCCUCACAGGCACCUCAGCCGUCUGUUUCUGGGCUCCAGACACCCUCUGCUGCCUUGAUGCAAGCUGCAUCCCUUGAUUCUCACUCGGCUGUAUCUGGAAAUGGUCAGAACUUCCAGCCUUAUGCAGGUGUACAAGCCUACACAUAUCCCCAGACACCCUCAGUUACCUCCCAGCUGCAGCCUGCCCGGCCCUUGUUCCCAGCACCGCUGUCCCAGGCUCCUCACUUUCAAGGAUCAGGUGACAUGAUGUCCUUUCUCAUGACUGAAGCACGGCAACACAACACUGAAAUUCGAAUGGCAGUCAACAAAGUAGCUGAUAAAAUGGAUCAUCUCAUGACUAAGGUGGAGGAGUUACAGAAGCAUAGCUCUGGGAAUUCCAUGCUUCUUCCUAGCAUGGCAGUCACAAUGGAAACAAGCAUGAUUAUGAGCAACAUCCAGCGGAUCAUCCAGGAAAAUGAGAGACUGAAGCAGGAGCUGCUUGAGAAAAGCAGUCGUAUAGAGGAGCAGAAUGACAAGAUUAGUGACCUCAUCGAACGAAAUCAGAGGUAUGUUGAACAGAGUAACCUGAUGAUGGAGAAGAGGAACAACUCACUUCAAACAGCCACAGAAAACACACAGGCAAGAAUAUUGCAUGCUGAACAAGAGAAGGCCAAGGUGACAGAAGAGUUAGCAGCAGCCACUGCACAGGUCUCUCACCUGCAACUGAAAAUGACUGCUCACCAGAAGAAGGAAACAGAGCUGCAGCUGCAACUGACAGAAAACUUGAAGGAGACAGAUCUUCUCAGGGGCCAAGUCACCAGACUCCAGGCUAACCUCUCAGAGCUUCGAGAAGCCUCUGAGCAAACACAGACUCAAUUCAAAAGUGAGAAGCAGAGCCGGAGGCAGCUGGAGCUCAAGGUAACCUCCCUGGAGGAAGAGCUGACUGACCUCCGCGCUGAGAAGGAGUCCCUUGAAAAGAACCUCUCAGAGAGGAAAAAGAAAUCAGCUCAGGAGCGCUGCCAGGCGGAGGAGGAGAUGGACGAGAUUCGCAAGUCGCACCAGGAGGAACUGGACAGACUUCGGCAGCUUUUGAAAAAGGCUCGGGUGUCCACAGACCAAGCAGCUGCAGAGCAGCUGUCUCUCGCACAGGCUGAGCUGCAGAGCCAGUGGGAAGCUAAGUGUGAGCAGCUGCUAGCCUCUGCAAAGGAUGAGCACCGGCAGCAGUACCGAGAAAUGUGUGCGCAGAGGGAUGCCCUCCAGGAGAAGCUGUCUCACCUUCAGGAUGAGUGCUUAGCUCUCCAGGCCCAGAUCGCAGCCUUCACUGAGAAGAGUAAGUCCCAGGCACCUGCAGGCAGAGCUGCUGCUGACCCCUCAGAGAAGGUCAAGAAGAUCAUGAACCAAGUGUUCCAGUCACUGAGGGGAGAGUUUGAGCUGGAGGAAUCUUAUGAUGGCAGGACCAUUCUGAGAACCAUCAUGCAAACAAUCAAGAUGGUGACGCUGCAGCUGUUGAACCAUCAGGAGGAAGAGCAGGGAGAGUGCAGCAGUGAGGAGGAGGAGAAGCCUCUGAGACCUUCCCUGGAGCAGCCAGGCCCUGCCACCCCUGAGAUGCCUCCAGCACCCCCAAGUGGGGAGACGCAGGAGGCUCCCAAGGUGCUGUCAGAACAGGUAGUAGGGGAGACUACACCACUGCCUCCACAGGCUCUUCCCAUGCCAGAGCAUGGUGCACAGACAUGGAAAGUGGAGCCCUCAGAAGCAGAGGUACCCUCAGGAAUCAAAGACAGUUCUCUCCCUCCUGAGCCAGCUGGCAUCCCAGCCCACCGAGUCCUGGGGCCACCGACUUCAAUCCCACCUAAACCUCCAGGACCUGUAACUAUGGACUCUGAAUCUGAGGAGACACUUGCUGGUGGCCAGGGAACAGUGCAGCCCAGCAGCCUAUUGGGAAAAGAACAUGUCAGGGAAGUAGCCGCAGAUAGCCUACUGCAAGGAAACUCCAGGAGACUGUCAUUGACUCCAGACCCUGAGAAGGAAGAGCCACCAACCUUAGACCCUGAAAGCCAAGAAGGAGGACCUCAGUCUCCUGACCUCAAACAAGUUAAGGAUAUAAGUAGCUCUGGUCCCCGUGAGACAUUGUUGGACACAGAGCUUGCUUCAGCAGCUACAGGAGCAUCCCUCAGACACAACCAGGGCUCCCAGCACUGCAGUCUCUCUGGGGAUGAAGAGGACGAGCUGUUUAAAGGGGCCACUCUGAAAGUUCCAAGACCCACAGCCCAGCCUGAGGAGGAGGAUGAAGAUGAGGUGAGCAUGAAGGGACGCCCGCCCCCAACCCCCCUUUUUGGAGAUGAUGAUGAUGACGAUGACAUUGGCUGGCUGGGGUGAAGACCUAGGAAGCAGGCAUGCAGGCUUCUCGCCCAGCCCUUCCCUAAGCAUGGUUUUGCACAGCUGGCCUCAGGUCUAGGUGAGCCUCAGGGUGAGUUCCUGGUGAACAUUCUGAGGACAGUGGUUCAGGGGUCUGAGUUAGCUGCCAUCUGAGCCCCCACCUGACCUGCUGAAGAGGAUCAUGAGGCUGUCUGCAGAACUGGUGUUGUAACACCCCUCAGUGAGUGGCCCUACCAUGAAGGAAGGGCUGGGAGGGUUGCCUGCAGCCAGUCACAAGCAUCCUGCCAUCUCUCCCAAGCUUUUUCUUAUUAUUCAUUCUCAAGUUGAUCUGGAAGCCCUCCUGAUCUCCCAGGGCUUAUCAGAGCUGCUACGACAGAGCCAGGACCCUCAGGAGGGUCCUCCUCACAGAACUGAGAGAUCAAUCAUGCUGGCCUAGCCUGUGGCUCUGAGACAUGUAUCUUCUAUCUCUGCCUUAAAUCUUAUAAAAGAGGUCAAUGGGUAUUUGGAACUAACAAGACUAAAAUAUCUAUAAUAAAACAUGACUCAGGCCCUUGAGAAGAAACUGAGUUUGCUUUCCAGGA